AUGGCCAACACACCAGAACGAGUCGUUCCCAUGCGAGUCAUCGUCUGCGGCGUCCAGCGAACAGGAACUUUAAGCAUGCGAAUAGCCCUCGAGCAGCUCGGCUUCAGCAACUGCUACCACAUGCAAAACAUCCUCGAAAACCCGCAACAAGAAGCCCCCAAAUGGAUCCGCCUCAUCGAAGCCCACUUCAGCGACCCAGGCAAAGGCAAAGGCACAAUCUCCAAAGCCGACUUCGACGCCGUCCUCGGCAACUUCCAGUCCUGCGUCGAUGUGCCCCCGGCGCUCUUUGGCGUCGAGCUCGCAGCCAUGUAUCCAGAGGCCAAGGUCAUCAUCCUCAACCGCGAGCCCGAGGACUGGUACUGCAGCGUGUCCGAGUCCAUCAUGGCGUCUGUGCGGCCGACAUCGCGGCUGGCCAAGCUGGGGAUGCUCUUCUGCUUCGCAUUCGAUCCUGCAACGCGGGCCUUUGCGAAAUUCGGCAGGGCCAUGUCCGGGCUUGCAUUUCGGUAUGAUCACCGCACGGAAAAGAACAAGGCCAUUGCGUGGUACACGAGUACCUACCAGCGCUUUAGAGAUGAGAUACCCGAGGGGCGGCGCAUCGAGUACGAGAUCCAGGAGGGAUGGGGGCCUCUCUGCGCGUAUCUUGAAGUGCCUGUUCCCAUGGUGCGGGAUGAAGAGACGGGGGAGAUGGUGGAGGCACCGUUCCCGCGGGCUAAUGAUCGAGAGACAUUCAAGAGGAACCAGGCAAAGGGCAGGGAGAAGGCUAUGAGGCGGGCGAGGAACAAUUUACUUGUGGCGGUUGGUAGGGUGGUGUUGUUGGCCGCGGCGGGAUAUGCGGGAUACGCUUUGUGGAAGACGCGGCUUGGAGGGAUGUAA